CUACGCCGUUUUCAUAGCAUUCCAAUUUUGCUCGCAAAGUCUGUCCGUUCGUAAAAAACGUAUUCGAAAGCAGCUUAACAGGGAUGUCAAACAAGACCAUAAACGAAAGUGGUUUGGUUCUCGCUACCAUACGGAGCCAAAUAUCGCGAAGGAACGCGGACCGGCAGCGGAUCAAAGAUCGAAAGAAAGAAAAAAAAAAAAGAAAAGAAAACAGAUGAAUUAAAUUGCGCAGGUAGAGAGUCUGUGGUAUGCGAGAAAAACGAGCAUUUUGACCGAGGAAACGAAGGCCAAGUAUAAUUCGAUGCAAAUGCACCAGGGAGGCAUCGACAGGACGGUACCAACCUCGAAAACAUAGUGAAUUGGACACGCACGAAAAUGUCCUACAACUCGAACACACGGGUGAAAAGGACGACGUUUCGACGAACGAUGACGAUGUUGAGCAUCGCCGAGGCUACGUCGAACAAACGUAAUGGCACGAGCAUAGACGAGGACGUGGCAAUUUUACCAGGAUUCAAUGUCACCACGACAGCGAGCGGCGCUAGCAAGACGAGUCACUUCGAGACAGACUUGCAUGGGAAUGUUAACAUUCUUCUCGGCGGGGCGAUGCUCAGCGGCGUGAUUAUGGUCGUCCUACUGAUGUGCUACUGCUGUCACAAGAGCAUCCGGAAGAACCGACCGCAAGAGUACCCGCAAUACUGGAGGACCGAACCAGACGUGCACAGCCUCGAGGUCUUCACCACGGAAGCACACGCUGCUUGCUGCGAGAGACAAUCGGCCAGCGAAGGGAACCAAGACGAGAGCACGUACGGCGCGCUUUCGUGCCCGGUGACACCGAACUCCGGUCCUGGACCACCUCCAACCUACGACAGCCUGAUCUUCGACUCGAGGAGUUUGCCCAGUUCCAUCGACAAGAAGCCCGAGGGCGUGGAAACGCCAGGGACCAUAAUUCCUUCCAUGGUGUCCACGUUGCUCGGCCUGAGCGCCGCGGUGAGACGGACGGAACGCAACGAGGUCGCGGAACAAGAAAUCUCCGACGAAGGAUUGCCUUCCUACGAGGCCGCUUUGAAGCUGGACGCGAACGGCUACGUCUAAAACGAACCGACUGUUGGAUUCCGCGGAAAAGGAACGACACUUGUAAUUUUAAGAAGAUUUCAGUCGCAACGACUUGGUCAGGGAUGACGUUACAACGUCUCAAGUUUGCUUGAAAGAAAAAGAGUGUUCUUCUCCUCUCAGCACAUAUCUUUCUAUUCUUAUUUGUGGCGAAUUAAAAUCUCCCUAGGGGAGAACAGAACCAACUACUGGAAUUUGCUCUAUGAACGAGUGUUCGUUGGUCACUCUCGAGGAGAACUUGUUACUGACUCAGUGUUGGUACUGUUGGCUUAAUAUUGUCAGGCUUGGUCGGUCAUCCAACCGAGCGGCACGGCUUCGAUCUCGAAGAAUUUUACCGGAUAUGCAAGUUUCGACGAGAAAGUUAACUCUCCGAGUGAGAGAGGACAGAGUGAUUAGACACGGUGACUUGCAGCAGAACAGUUUGGGAAUGAUUAGAACACUGUAGGUCUCUGCGCUUCUCUGAUUUCGAGGGGAAGCUCGCUUGAUUCUUAUUCCGGGAUGUUUCGAAAAAGACUUUCGAAGAAUUUAAUUAAAUCGAGAGUAAAGAGACUGGGAGGCAAUCGGAACGAAGCAAGUUGGAUCCAUUGGUUUCUCGAAUUCUGUCUAGCUGCCUUUGGCAAAAGGCCUACAAUCUUUUGUCGUAGUGUUGGAAAGAAGCUUUCUCGAUGGAUGAAACAGUAACUCGGCGUCGAUCAUGUGCAAGUUAAAAUUUGCAAACAGACAACGAACGAAUCGUCCUUGUUUUCAAUUUUGAAAAGAAACUCGUACACGAGAAGUCGAAUUUAUCGACCAUCUCUAUAGAUGAGAAGAAUCAGGAACAGAGCAAUCUAGAAGAGAGAAUAAUCUAGAUUUUUCUUUUAGAAAGAUCCCCGACAUUUGCUUUCGAUCUUGGUAGAAGCUCGUUUGAAUUUAUCGACCAUCUCUAUAGAUGAGAAGAAUCAGGAACAGAGCAAUCUAGAAGGGAGAAUAAUCUAGAUUUUUCUUUUAGAAAGAUCCCCGACAUUUGCUUUCGACCUUGGUAGAAGCUCGUUUGAAGAAUGAGAGUGUAACUCGAGAAGCAUCGCAUGAUGAGAGAGAAUUCUUAUUCUGGAACUGUAUGUACAUACGUGUUGAAAAGGUGAGAAAUUAACGAGGAGCCAGGAUCGAGGAGUUCCGACAUAUCUGUUUGCAAGGAAGACAGUCGUUCUUUCUUUCGAUUUUUAAAGAACGAAUUUGUGAACGAUGUGAGAAACUGUGACGGCGAGAGAAUAUCGAAUGAAGAAAGCAUUUAAUAUAGCAUGUCUUUUGAUUGAAUUUCUGGAAAAUGUGAAAUUAACGAAAAGCGUGAAGAUUGAAUGAGUCGAGGUCAGUACAAACGUGCGUUCAAACUUAUUAAAAGAGGGAAACAGUUAAUAUGGAGGAAGAACAGUUAGUAUCGAAGCAAACAAGAGAAGCAUGCGUAGAUGUUUGAUCUACUGAUUGGAUUUAUGGAGAAGGAGAAAAACCUCUAGGGCUGAGUGAUACGAAAUUUUCUGAAAGGAAGAUCGCAUCUUUUGUUAUUUAAAAAGAAGCUUACUUCGAAGAAGAUAGAUAGGAAGGUUGGACCACGUUGAACUUCUGGUCGAACUUCUGUAAAACUUCUGGUCGAACUUUUACGAAAAAAACGAAAAGUAAGGAGAGAGUUUGAGCAAGAGUGUUUGAAAUUGUUUGAAAGAAGUACAAGAGGAAGAAUGACUAAAAGAAGUGCACGAGUUAUUCGAUUGUUAAAACUGAAACUGCAAGAUUCAAUCUGUGAAUUAUCACGGCUAGAAAAAGGUUGAUUAGGCUUCGUCGAAUCGAACAUUGAGUCUUGGGGAUUCAGAAAUGUCAAACAUGUUUCAGAGAAUAUAUCCGUAAUAUCUAAUAUCAUUUAAUAUUAUAUAGAAAUUCGAAUUUUCACAGAUUUUUCAUGUAACGUGUGAACCUGCCUGAAUCUAAUAAAUACGAAAAGAAAAAACAAGGUAUAAUGCAUAAGUAAUUGCAAAAUUA